AUGUCGUGGUCCGGCUUCAAGAAGAAUGUGGGUAUUGAUGGCAAUUGGUUGGCAGAAAAGCAGUACUGAUGAGACACAGGUCGGACGCGCGACGACGCAGGUCAUGAUGAAGACGGGCCACGUCGAGAAGACCUCCGACCGUGAUUACGAAGUCGAAGAGCGCCGCUACCGCACACUCGAGUCCGCAUCGCUACGCCUGCAGAAAGAAGCCAAGGGCUACCUCGACAGCCUACGCGCCAUGACUGCUUCCCAGAUGCGAAUCGCGGAGACAAUCGACGCCUUCUACGGCGAGAGCGGAGCUAAAGACGGCGUGAGCAGGAGUUACAAGCAAGCAGUGGAGGAUCUCGACGCAGAGACCGUCAAGGCGCUUGAUGGGCCUUACAGGUGUGUCACCCAGGACCCCGAGAUACGGAAACUGGUCAUGUUCGAUCAAGAGGCGGGAGUUUUCCGCCUGGGAGUGCUCGACGAGAUCGAAGCCGAGCUCAACUUCAAGGCUGGAAACAAGAGGAACUACACACAAGCUGCGAGGGAGGAUGCAGAGAGAGCCAUGAAGCUCAUUGAAAAUUCAUUUAGGACAACCGUGCUGGAGCCCAUCAACCGCUUUUGCGCCUACUUUCCCGACAUCAACGAAUGUGAGUGAUAGUCCAAUUCUUCAAGCUCGAGGACAUAUACUAAUACAUGACAGGCAUCAAGAAGCGGAAUCACAAGAUGCUUGACUACGAUGCUAUGAGGAGCAAGGUCAAGAAGCUGGUCGAGAAGCCAGACAAAGAUCCCUCCAAGCUCCCACGCACGGAGAAGGAGACUGAAAUGGUAAUGAGCGCUCAGACGUUUCUUCACCUUGACGAAAUGCUCUUCCCCUCCCCUCCAAAAGCGCUCGAUGGGCUCAAGCACUCCCACCACAACAUGACCACGGACUACCCUUCGGACCGAUGGAGGAAGAUUCAGGCCCACGAGGACGCUGCUCUGCGCAGUGUUGGUCAAGGCAUGCAGCGGAGACCAAGUCGCUUGAAGCGUCUCAGUGCUGCCGGAUCCAGACUUGCCAGCACUUUCUUCAACAUGGAUGAGACCGCAUCGAGCUCCAGCCCCGCAACCGAUUCUCCGCGCCUCCCAAGUAGUACUUCGAGCAGAUCUUCCAAACUGUUCGGCUUGCCAUCGUUACAAGAGUCGCCAACAGCCGCCCGUCAGCAGCGAGUCUUCAGUGCUAGAGGCGCUGGUGGUGCGAUGAUCCCUGCUGUGUCUCCGCAGCUCGUCUGCAGCCCAACAAUGUCGAAGCAGACGAAGCAGCGAGGGCCGGAGGAUACUCCCUCUCGCCCUGCCGGCAUGCCUCUACGCAUUCAGCACUUGGGCUUGAUUCAAACCAGUCAGGCCCCUUCUGAGCGUUUCACGAUCGGAAGCAAGCGUACCUCUGGGACCUUCUCAAUGAAGUCUGGCGCCACUUGGGUCACAGAAAAGAUACUCGAUGGUGACGACGAGAGCGAUGACGAAGAUGACGACAAUGAUUCGAUCCGAACCGUUCGCAACACCGACUACUUCCCGCCACGGACCACUCGGCCGGCCGCCCGGACUGCAUUCUUCCAUCCUUCUGAGCUGGAGGAGAUCAUUGGGCCGAUGAGGGAGGAAUUUCUUGAGAAGCAGACUAACUUGCUCGUGCAGGCGAAAGUGGCUUACGAUCAGCUCAACGAACAGUUGACCGAUGAGCUGCCGAAGUUGAUCGACUUACGGUGAGUGAUGUCGAAGGCAGAUACUCGUCAUGUGCGUGCUGACGAUGACAUAGAGUACCAUACCUCGACCCAUCCUUCGAAGCGCUUGUAAAGAUUCAGCUCCGAUUUUGCGCGGAAGCGUACAGUCGGAUGGCACAAGUGCAGCAGUAUGUUUCCUUGAGCUUCACUUGGCUUUGGUGUAGCAUAACUCACGAAAUGGUGUAGGUACCUAGACGCAUCGACGAGAGACCAAUAUGCUAGCGGCGACCUGGACGCGAGAGUGGAGGACGUGCUAGGCCAAAUUCGGGAGCUGAGCAUUGCUGGAACAGUGUAA